AUGAUCGCCUCGCGCGCCGCGCUCGCGCCCCCAAUCCGCGCGGCGCGACGCGGAUCUCGCGUGAUCUCGCGCCGCGGGCGCGUCUCCGCGCCGCCCGUCCGCGCGGUCGUCUCCGAGCCCGCGGACGCGUCGUCUCCCUCCGCGGGGACGAAGCGCGAGGUCAUUCAGCUCUUCCGUCGCCCGUUCCUGAGCGACGAGGCCGCCGCCACGCUGACGCGCAGAGCGAACGCGCUGCCCGCCAUCGCGGGCGCGCUCGCGUCGAUCGCGACGGAGCAGUGCUUCAACGUCGAGGUCACGUCCGCGCUGACGCCGAGAGAGCUCGAGACGCUCGUAUGGCUCCUGCGCGAGACGUUCGAGCCGGACCUGUUCGCGGACGCGUCGACGCUUCGCGCCGAUCGCGCCAUCGAAGUUGGCCCUCGCCUCGCGUUUCAGUCGGCGUGGUCCACCAACGCCGUCGGCGUGUGCGCCAACACCGGCCUCGGGAAGGUCACGCGCCUGGAGCGCUCGCGGCGCUUCCAGUUGAACUUAACGGACGACGCGCAGGCGUUAUCCGACGCGCAGAAGAUGGCGUUCGCGAGCAUCGUGCACGACCGCAUGACGGAGUGCGUCUACGACGAGCCCUUGGCGACGUUUACCACAGACGCCAAGCCGGAGGAAGUGUACACCGUCCCCGUGCUGAGCGAAGGCCGCGCGGCGCUGGAGAAGGUGGAUAAAGAGAUGGGCCUCGCGUUCGACGAGGAAGACUUCGACUACUACCUCACGCUGUUCCGCGACGACAUCGGGCGAGACCCGACGAACGUGGAGCUCUUCGACAUGGGCCAGUCCAACUCGGAGCACUCGAGGCACUGGUUCUUCGGCGGGAACCUCAUCGUCGACGGCGUGCCGCAGCCCGGCUCGCUGUUCAAGAUGGUCAAAGACACGAUCGCGGGCGAGCGCGGGCACAACUCCACGAUCGCGUUCAAGGACAACUCGAGCGCCAUCCGGGGGUACGUGAACGCGCCGCUGCGCCCGACAUCCGCGGGCGCGCCGUCGCCGCUCGCGCCGCGACGGGUGGAUCUGGACCUGCUCCUCACCGCGGAGACGCACAACUUCCCGUCCGGGGUCGCGCCGUACCCGGGCGCGGAGACGGGCGCGGGCGGGCGCAUGCGCGACACGCACGCGACCGGGAUCGGCUCGCUGCUCACCGCGGGUACCGCGGGAUACUGCGUGGGGAACCUUCGAAUUCCGGAUAACGUCGCCGCGCACGAGGCGGAUGAUUUCAAGUACCCGUCGAACCUCGCGCCGCCGCUGCAGAUCCUCGUCGACGCGUCCAACGGCGCGUCGGACUACGGGAAUAAGUUUGGCGAGCCGCUCAUCGCGGGGUACUGCCGCUCGUUCGGGUCGCGGCUCAAGAACGGCGAGCGAAGGGAGUGGAUCAAGCCCAUCAUGUUCAGCGGCGGUUUCGGACAGAUCGACCACGCGAACUUGGAGAAGACCGAGGGCGACGUCGGGAUGCUCGUCGUGAAGAUCGGCGGCCCCGCGUACAGGAUCGGCAUGGGCGGCGGCGCGGCGUCGUCCAAGGCUGGCGGCGAGGACGAGGCGAACGCGGACCUGGACUUCAACGCGGUGCAACGCGGCGACGCGGAGAUGUCAAACAAGCUCAACCGCGUCGUCAAGGCGUGCGUCGAGCUCGAGGGCGACAACCCGAUCUUGAGCAUCCACGACCAGGGCGCGGGCGGGAAUUGCAACGUGUGCAAGGAGCUCAUCUACCCCAAGGGCGGCACGCUGGACAUUCGCGCGGUGAAGCUCGGGGACGCGACGCUGAGCGUGCUCGAGAUUUGGGGCGCGGAGUAUCAAGAAAACUCCGCGAUGUUGAUCGCCCCCGAGUCGCUUCCGGUGAUCGAGCGCAUCUGCGCGCGCGAGCGGUGCCCGUUCAGCGUCCUCGGCAGCAUCGACGGCAGCGGCCGCGUGAAGCUCGUGGACCCGACCGCCCCGCCGGGGUCGCCGACGCCGGAGGACCUCGACCUCGAGAAGGUGCUCGGAGACAUGCCUAAGAAGACGUACGACUUGAAGCGCGCGACGUUCGAGAACGACCCCGUGGCGCUCCCCGCCGGGAAUACCGCGAUGGCCGCGCUCGAUCGCGUGCUUCGCCUCCCGAGCGUCUGCUCCAAGCGCUUCCUCACCACGAAGGUGGACCGCAGCGUCACCGGCCUCGUCGCGCAGCAGCAGUGCGUCGGCCCGCUGCAGAUCCCCAUCGCGGACGUCGCGGUCAUCUCCCAGACGCAUUUCGGAACCACCGGCGGCGCGACGUGCAUCGGCGAGCAGCCAAUCAAGGGCAUGGUAAACCCCGGCGCGAUGGCGCGCAUGUCCCUCGGCGAGUCGCUCACGAACCUCGUCUUCGCGUGCACGUCCGGGCUGAGGGACGUCAAGUACUCCGGGAACUGGAUGUACGCGGCGAAGUUGCCCGGCGACGGCGCGCACAUGUUUGACGCGUGCGUCGCGUUGUGCGACGCGAUGAACGACCUGGACGUGGCGAUCGACGGCGGCAAGGACUCGCUGUCCAUGGCCGCGCGCGCCGACGGCGAGGUCGUCAAGGCGCCCGGCUCGGUGGUCAUGUCCGGGUACGUCACCGUGCCGGACAUCACCAAGACGGUGACCCCGGAUCUGAAGCUUCCGGGUUCGGGGAAGCUCUUCCUCGUGGAGUUCGCGAGCGCGGCGGGGCGGCGGCGGCUCGGCGGCUCCGCGCUCGCGCAGGCGUACGACCAGAUGGGCGACGUCGCGCCGGACAUGGACGACCGCGCGUACUUCAAGGCGGCGUGGGAGACGACGCAGGACCUCGUCAGGGAGCGGAAGAUCAGCGCGGGGCACGACGUCAGCGACGGCGGCGUCGUCGUCGCGCUGGCGGAGAUGGCGUUUCCGCGCCCCGACGUCGGCGUCAACGCGACGCUGCCGCGCGGGUCCGGAGACGACGACUCCGACGACUCCGACCUCGCCGCGAUGUUCGCGGAGGAGCUCGCGAUUAUCCUCGAGAUCGCGCCCGACAACGUGGACCACGUCGCGAAGGCGUACGCCGCCGCGGGGGUGACGUGCCGCGCGAUCGGCGACGUGACGGACGACGGGAUGGUCUCCGUCGCCGUCGCCGACGGCGGCGAGGCGGUCGUCGCGGGCGCGGUCGCGGACUUCCGCGACGCGUGGGAGCACACGAGCUUCCUUCUCGAGCGCAUGCAAUCCUCCGAGGCCACGGUCGCGGCGGAGCAGGGUGGGCUGAGAGAGCGGAAGGUGCCGAAGUGGCGUCUCACGUACCAGCCGGAGAAGACCCCCGACGAGAUUCUCGCUAAACCCGCGGAUGAGAAGGUCAAGGUGGCCAUCUUGCGCGAGGAGGGCAGCAACGGCGACCGCGAGAUGGCGGCGGCGAUCUACACCGCGGGGAUGUGCCCGUGGGACGUCACGAUGUCGGACCUCCUCGACGGGAAGGUGAAGCUCGAGGACUUCCAGGGGAUCGUCUUCGUCGGCGGCUUCUCCUACGCCGACGUCCUCGACAGCGCCAAGGGCUGGGCCGGGAGCAUCCGCUUUAACGACGCUCUGUGGGAGCAGUUCCAGGCGUUCUACGACCGCGAGGACACGUUCUCGCUGGGCGUGUGCAACGGCUGCCAGCUCAUGGCGCUGCUCGGGUUCGUCCCCGCGGAGGGCGGGUUGGGACAGACGUCGGACGAGAAGCAACCGCGUUUCAUUCACAACGACAGCGGAAGGUUCGAAUCGCGUUGGGUCACCGUCGGCGUGGACGCCGACACCCCCGCGGUGAUGCUCGACGGCAUGCAAGGCUCGAAGAUCGGCAUCUGGAUCGCGCACGGGGAGGGGAAGGUCAAGUUCCCGGACGCCUCGCGCGUGGACGACAUCGUCGCCGGAGGGCAGGCGCCGAUUCGCUACGUCGACGCCGACGGAGAGGCGACGACGCGGUAUCCGCUCAAUCCCAACGGCAGCGAGCGCGGGAUCGCGGGUCUGUGCUCGAAGGACGGGCGACACCUCGCGAUGAUGCCGCACCCCGAGCGCGCGUUCCUCGGGUGGCAGAUGCCGUGGGCGCCGGAAGACGCGGGGAUAGACGCCAACGGGCCGGGGCCGUGGUUGAGGAUGUUCCAAAACGCCCGGACGUGGGCGGAGAAGAACAAGGCGAAGUAA